CACUGUAAUCUCCAUGAGUACCGUCUCUCAGUAAAGCCUGAGUCAUACAGCGAUGACCUCACCGCUAAGUGGCUGGUUGUAUGUUUGGGUGUCACAAUGGUCGUUUGUAUGUGAGAAAGAAAAGAAAAGAGAGAAUCCGUUUGAUCCGUUCAUGAUAAAGUGCCAUAUCCAGGAGGGCUUAACAAUUAAUUGUCUCACUCCGUUCCAUUUGUCACACAAGCAGCAGACCCACAGGGAGCUGCAGUACAGCCAUGAGUGUGUGGAAGACCCGAGAGACUCAUAUAAGGGCUGCAGUGGAGAGAAGAGGGCAAAAAACAUACUAUUCUUGUGUGUCUUUGUUCUCUUGAGGUUGGAGAAAGAAUAGAUGGAGGUGACACAGAGCCCGACAUACUGUAGGAUCAGUAGGGGGUAGAAGCGUGAGGAGGUGUUGGAGGUUGAGUAGAGGUAGCACAGAUGGAUGUCCCUGAAAACUAAAAAAAAAUGUUGAUUUUUUUUCCUGUGGGCUUGUGGACCAGUGAAAAAGCACACAGUUCCUAGUAAGGUCACCAGUCCAUGAUAUAGUUCCAGAGGUAGAAAGGUGCCUUUGGUAGUUUCUCUGAGAACAGUUUCACAUUUGGCACAAAUGUCCACUUAACAGAGCACGUGCUUAGAUUUGGGUGGCCAGUGGUCAAAGAUAAACGUGGCUUGUCCUCUUUAACAUUUCUUCUGAGUCAACAUGAGUCUAGGAAAGAUUUGUAGACUAAAACUGUUGGUCAGCAGAGGCAUGAAACCGCCGCAUUAGUCAUUCUAACUUCCUUUCAAAGCAUAAAUUAAUACAUUUGCAUACAAAUGUGAGUGAUCAUGCAGUUUGUGUGCACAGUGCACUUAGGAGUCUGGUGAUGUAACUAGCCUAAUAACUAUCUUCUGUUUCCUGUCACUAAGCUGAACGGGACUUUCUUCAAAUUAUAUUUAGCUGCUCUGCUCACCGUCUUCAUCAGUGUGGACACACUCAAACAGAAACCCUUGUAAUAUUUGCUUGAUUUACUUGGCCCUUAUUACCCUGUGGCAGCAGCGGCAUCAGCACUUUCAGAAUUUAUAGCCUGAACCUGGAGCUGCUCUUCUGUCUUUUAUGUCAACACCUUUCUCUCAUCCCAUCUUUUAUCUCUCCUCUGUCUCUUUACUGCUUUGCCCACUUUUAUGUCCUCUCAUCUUCUGUCCUCCCCCCGCUUCUCUUCCUCCUGCAGAGCCAGACUGGGCAUCGCUGACUUUGGGCGUGUUUGUUUGCCAGGCCUGCUCGCUCCUUCACCGGAGCAUCCCCCACAUCACCCGAGUAAAGUCUGUCCAGGACACGUGGGAUGCUGGCGAGGUGGAGUUAAUGGCUGCUAUGGGAAACAAUGCAGCCAAGGCCAAAUAUGAGCAGAAGGUUCCUGCUUUCUACUACAGACCAACACACAGUGAUUGCAAGCUGUUGAGAGAGCAGUGGAUCAGAGCCAAGUAUGAAAGGAACGAGUUUGAGUUCAUCGAGAAACAGGAGCCUUACUCUGCAGGGUACCGAGAGGGGUUUCUAUGGAAACGAGGGCGAGACAACGGUCAGUUCCUCAGCCGAAAGUUCAUCCUGUCGGAAAGGGAGGGAGCGCUGAAGUACUUCAACAAGCAGGACGCCAGAGAUCCCAAGGCGCUGAUGAAAAUCGAGACCCUGAAUGCGACCUUCCAGCCGGCCAAGAUCGGAAACCCGUGCGGCCUGCAGAUCACCUACCUGAAAGACAACAGCACAAGGAACAUCUUCGUCUACCACAGUGACGCUAAGGAGAUGGUCGACUGGUUCAACGCGAUCAGAGCAGCCAGGUUCCACUACCUGCAGGUGGCUUUUCCCGGAGCAAGUGACGAGGAGUUGGUGCCCAAACUGACCAGAAACUUUAUGAAGGAAGGAUUUAUGGAGAAAACAGGCCCCAAGCACACAGAAGGUUUUAAAAAGAGGUGGUUCACCAUGGACGACAGGAGACUCAUGUAUUUUAAAGACCCACUGGACGCUUACGCCCGCGGUGAGGUCUUCAUCGGCAGUAAGGAGAACAGCUACACCGUCCUGUCCGGCUUGCCCCCGUCCACCCAGGGCUACCACUGGAACCACGGCAUCACCAUCGUCACACCGGACAGGAAGUUUCUGUUCGCCUGCGAGACGGAGGCCGAGCAACGGGAAUGGAUAUCGGCUUUUCAGCGCGUCAUCAAUCGACCAAUGAGACCACAGGAAUAUGCUGUGGAGGCUCAUUUCAAACACAAGCCCUGAACGCCCGCAGGAACUCGCAGGGAAAUCCCACACAGUCCAGUCUCCAGUCCGAUCAGAGCCGCAGACCACGGCGGGACGAGGCGGGGGUGGGGGGGGUCGAGGGACGCAUGGACACUUUGAGAAGAUGAGGACAAACAAGAAGAAGGACGAGACAGAGGGACUCCAGUCGUAUCUAUAUGCUGGAAACACUGAAGGGACUCUGUGACUGAAACACGUGCGUGUUCUGAGGCUAAAGAAUAGGUGAUGUCAUCCCUAUUGCACCUACCGGCCUUGUGCUAUACAUUAUCUCGCCGACCACCAUCCCCCCCCCCUCCUGGCCCCUGUGUGGCCCCUCCCCCCCUCCCUGGAUUCCCGUCUUGUGAAUGGUGCAUUCUCCCUGUAAUCUAAUGUAAUUAUGUAAUCUAGAGUCAUUUCACUGGUUGUUCCACAGAGACGACGCAUUGUUAAUUUAUUGAAUGUACAGUUUUGAUGACAGUGGCUUUUCAUGUGGGAUUGUGAACUGUGUGUGUGUGUCCUGAGGACGCUGUGAGGUCGCUGACGCCCUGUUCAAAACCUGAAUCUACAAAGUGCAGUUAACAACAAAUAUGCAUAAAAAAAAAAACAACAACACACACACCACGCAAACUCUCAGUGAUCGCCGUCGCUGUGCUGUCCAUGUAGCCAGACGGCAGGGUUCCUUUGACAAAACCUCGGCGUGACAGCUCUCCUCGCUUUUAUUUAUUGGUACUGUUGAAAUGUGCGGAGUCACCGUGGACGUCGUCGCCACCGCUGCUUUAAAGGAUUGUAACGUGAGUUAGGAUUGUGUUAUUUAUAUACGACACGUGUCGACCGACCUGUUGGGUGAUUUGAUUUUUUAUUUUUUUUGCAUCUUGUUUUGAGGACACGUCGUUGUCGUGUCGAUCCAGUGAGUCACAGUGAUAGUUGGAUUCAUUUAAAAAAAAAAAACAAAAAAAAUCAAUACAGACGAGUCUGAAAUCGAGCACCA